UCGACGAAUCGGCUCGCUUGGCUCGCCUCGCCUAAAAUACACCUGGUUCGCACGCGAGUCGCUUGUAUUUCUAGCCACGAUGCAGAUUCGAUGUAGAAUUCGAGAAUCGCGUGAUGUAAGUCUUUAGUGAUCUCUAGAGGGACGUCGAGAUUGCUUGUCUCGUUAUAGACUCUCCUCGUUCUCUUCGUGUUUCGCCUUUGAUCGCGUUUUCUUCGCGUUUCACGGAAGAGAAAAAAGUUUAUAUUCAUCUUUUUCCUCUCUCGUUCCAUUGGCGCGUGACCGUCGACUCGUGUGACAUUGUAUCAUGACGGAAGAAAGGCGGCCUUACAAUGAAAAGUGGGAUCAUAUCGAUCAAAAGAUUAGAGACAUCUGUAAAGACCUGGUCCUCUCAGAUGAAAAACUUCGACAGCUUAUGGACACUUUGAACGACCAAUUACAUAAAGGUCUAGGUAAGGAAACGCAUGCUACUGCGACAACGAAAUGCUUCCCAACCUACGUUCAAGAUCUUCCCCAAGGCACAGAGAAGGGCAACUUUUUGGCCCUGGAUCUUGGCGGGACAAAUUUCAGAGUACUAUUGAUCACUCUGGAUGAACAGAAUUUCGACAUGAAGAGUAAAAUUUAUGUUAUACCGCAAAGUUUAAUGGUGGGAACCGGUGUACAACUCUUCGACCACAUAGCUCACUGUUUGGCCUUGUUCGUCAAGGACUUGAAUCUUCAGAAUGAAGUUCUACCUCUUGGGUUUACUUUUAGCUUCCCAUUGGACCAGCAUGGACUAACCAAAGGCUAUUUGAUCAGGUGGACGAAGGGAUUCAAAUGUGAUGAUAUAAUAGGUGAAGAUAUAGUUGAUUUACUUGAACAGGCGAUUAAGAAAAGAGGUGAUGUGAAAAUCCAGAUAUGCGCCAUUUUAAAUGACACUACUGGCACUUUGAUGUCAUGCGCUUGGAAAAACAAGAAUUGCCGUAUUGGAUUAAUUGUCGGAACUGGUACCAAUGCCUGCUACGUAGAAAAGUUAGAAAACAUACAAACCGUGUAUCCAGAAAACGUAUUACCAGGAAAACCUAAAAUGCUGAUCAAUAUCGAAUGGGGUGCCUUCGGUGAGGGUACACUUCUUGAUUUUAUUGCAACAGACAUUGAUCGUGAUGUCGACGAGAAUUCGAUUAAUCCGGCGAAACAAGUAUUCGAGAAGAUGAUCUCUGGCAUGUAUAUGGGAGAAUUGGUAAGGUUGCUCAUUGAGAAAGCGAUAAAUGCUGGACUAUUGUUUAUCGGGAAGUCUACCAACGAGCUCAAAAAACGUGGAAGAUUCUACGCGAAAUACGUUUCAGAAAUUGAAAAUGAUCCUAAUGGGAAAUAUACGAAUUGUCGUGAAGUAUUGGCAGAAUUAGGAUUGCGAAAUGUUACUGAUCAAGACUGCGAGAACGUUAAGUACAUUUGCUCUGUUGUAUCAAGGAGAGCAGCUCAUUUGGCCAGUGCUGGAAUUGCUACAUUGUUGAAUAAAAUGGACGAAGAUAAUGUUGUCGUAGGAAUUGAUGGCUCGGUAUAUAGAUAUCAUCCACACUUUCACAAUCUUAUGACCGAGAAGAUAAGCCAAUUACAGAAUCAUAAGUUCGAAUUAAUGCUCUCCGAGGAUGGUAGCGGUCGUGGAGCGGCGCUGGUCGCCGCAGUGGCUGCUGGGAAUCGAUGAAGACAACGGUUGUGCCACAUCUCCUUAGUUUAGAUUAAAUUAAGUUAUAUGCAGUAACGAUACAAAUUUGACACACCAUUAAUAUAAUAACAUACACAAAAAAAUAUAUGAAGUCAUGCGUAUGUGCCGAAGAAGAAGUCAAAGAAAACUAGCUACUAUUAAACUAAAGAAAAAGAUAGGCAAAUAGACGAACGAGUGAAAUUCUGUCUGUUAAGAAGAGUGAAAUGAAGAAUGCAUGAAUGUAAGAGUGAACACGAAUGAAGCAAAAGGGUGUUGAGUAUGUAUGUGUGUAUGUGCUUAUGAGUGAGUGAGUGAGUGAGCGAAUGAGUGAGCGAGUGAGCGAGUGAGCAAGUGAGUGAAAGAGAGAGAGAAAGAGAUAAUAGCCUAGACACAAGAAGACUUGGAAGCAACAGUACUUGAAAAAAUACUUACAAAUUGACAAAUUAUAUAUUACCAGAUAAAAGAAAAAAAAUAGACAAAAUUCGUAAUUGAAAGCUCUCAUUAUAAAAACAAACAUGGUUGCACGCAAACAAACGAAUAAAUAAAAUAAAAUGUAAUAAGUCUUAUUAUUGUAAACUGUGCGGCCAGAUAUGUAUAUACAGAUGGCGCCUCUAAGCAAACACUUGAAGGAAACUCGAUCGUUCUUUGAGACAAAGAGCUAUUAGUGUAUGCGGCUCACUUAUAUAUUAUAUAAUAUCAUGAGAUAUUGGUCUUCGAUUGAUCUUCUUUCUUAUGAAGAAAGAAGGAUAUGCGAAAAUAUGAGUGGUUUCUACGAGCUAAUUCUCUUACGUUUACAUCAUUGCUUCUUCACAGAAGAGGAUACAGAAAGAAACGGACGGAUCUUUGGUUAAUAUAGAAUGAUUUAUUACUAUUUGUAUGGUCAUUUUAUUCAUAGAAUAAUCUUAUUAUAACGAAAUAUAUGAUUGAUCAAACUGAGCAAGAACGAGUGAGGAUAAGAGAGUAUCGGUGUAUAAAUGUGUCAGAUAUAUAAUUGUAUAAAUGAGAUUAUAUCGAGACAAAUAACGAAGAGGCGGUGCGAUAUAGAUAUUGGAGGAUGUGUGCAAGCAGUUUAUUAGACAGUGUAAUAAUGUUUUAAGGGAUUAGGCGGUUUGAAAUAUUUUUAGAUUUAUAGGUUUACCGAGAUGUCGUGCACGUUCAACGUGUUCAUGCUCUUUUAUUGUUACGAUGAUGAUGAUGAUGAUGAUGACGAGGCAAAUAUAUACAUUGAACGAUUUUACAGCAUUGUCUCGAGAAUAAUCCCUCGAAGACGUACACAUCGAUGUCGCGAAUUAGAAAUUAUGAAAUUGAAUGACGUGCAUUCGUUGAAAAAGAGGAACAAAAAUUUAAAAAAAAAAAAAUAAAGUAUGGAAAUGAGAAUGUGCGUGCGUGUGCGUGUAUAUGAAUAUAGGUGAUUAAUGAUAAUUUUCAUUGAUCAAUUUCAAUCGGAACUCUCUGUUUCCGCCAUUCUUUCGUGUGAAGAAACGAAUAUUUCUUUGGAGUUCAAAGAUCGAUGGAGUAAAGUGAUAUAAAGUGUUUCGAGAGGAAAUCAUAAUAAUAAAAGAUAAUUGGAUUGCUAUAUUGCUAUCUAAUAUUUUUUAUUUUCAUUUUCAAAAAAAAAUACAAUUUUACUAUAAAUAUAAAAUCCUUCCUCUUGAAAUACAAAAAAUAUUUAUCGAAUAAAAUACUUAAAUUUCUGAACAUUUUACGUAAAGAAUAUCAGCUCAAGAUCAAUAAGUGAUCAAAUUUUGAUAUCGUAUUUUGAUUAUUUUUUAAUAACGAGAAGAGAUUUUAUAGAUCCGAAAAUUCUUAUUUUUUAGAAAAAUAUUCAUUAAUCAACUUUCGUUGCUAUUAACGUAUCUCUUUUAUUAAAAAAAAGAAAAAAAAUUAUCUAAGAUUUUCUUCGCCAUUAGAAAAUAUAUAAUAAACUUUGCAACAAACUUUGAUCAUUUAUUACGAUAACGAUUUUUACAAAAUUAAGAUCGAUUCUGACAAGAUAUAAAUCAAAAAAAAAAGAAAAAAAAAUUAUCUAUCUCUAUUUAUCUAUCUAUCUAGAACUCCAAAGUUCUCUUCUUGCCCCUCUCGUACGCGACUCGAAAGCGCAAUUUGAAUCGUCGUCAGAGCCUCGAUUGUCAUUCAGAUCGCAUUCUCAGAUUACGAAACCGCGGUGGCGGUUAGUCAAAAGUUUGGCCAGGACGAGGAGGAACGUUAUCGAGUUUGUCGACGUAAUAGAGACCGUUGCACAUGUACUUAUUUUCAUUGUCGUUGCGAUAAGAUUUUCUGACGCGAGCCGAUAUCGAAAUAUCGGAGAGGGGGGAAAAAAAGAGAGAGAGAGAGAGAGAGAAGAAAAGUGAAUUUGAAAUUUGUCCGCUCCGUCUAACGAACAUAUCCCCCUUUCUCGGUUGAAUUUUCCUCGUAUCGAACGUUCGUUUCCGAUCUCUCGUUAUCGAUGCUGCGACGACUGUGGAGGCUGAAAGUGGUGAGUAACAGAGCCACGGUAUAUUUAGCACGAUCACGCGGAUCCACGUGAGUUUCGAUUUAGACGAUUGUAGUCAUUUAUGAUAUCGAUACAGAUAUGUCGCAUGUCGUCGUCACGUAUUUUAUUGAAUUGAAAAGCAAUGUGAAGACUUUUAUUAUUAGUGUUGUUCCAGUUUCACACCGGUGACAAUGUCUGAUUCGAUGGAUUUAUAUUUUUGGCUAUGUGAUAUAAUAAGAAUGAAUGAAGUCCUUUGUAGGAGUAAGGGAUUUAUUGGAACAUUGUUUGAAAAGUAGUGAAUAUAUUUAGAAAGGAUAAUAAAUAUUCUACGUAAAAAGAAAAAAAAAAGAAGAAAAUCAAAAAAUAUAGAGUAUAGAAUGUUUUUCAUUUUGAAAAAAAGUUGUGCAAUAAUAAUAUUACGUAAGAAGUUAUAGAAGAUAUAUAAUAAAAUUUAUUCGAUCUUGCAAUCGUUUUAAAAGGAAAAAAGUUAAGUUAAAAAUAAAUAAAUAAUUCGAAAAAAUGAAAUGAGAAAUGUUUGAAUGCGUAUACUCGGCUCAAUUUUCAAAUAUUUUCGAAAACGAAGUCAUAAAUAAAAAAAACUCUAGUCUUCUUCAUUUACUUACUUUUUUUUUAUCGUAUCAAUGUCAAAGUAGUUAAUGUAAAUGUGUCGAAUCACUAAUUACCGGUGCAAAAUGAUCGAAUUAGUGUCUAUUAAUAUAAUUGAAAAAGAAAAAAAAAAGAAGAAAAAAAAAAAAAAAAGACGAUAAU